UCAAUAAUUCAAUUAUUUUACGUUUCCUUGGUCUUUAUCUCAUUAAGGUUCUACUGUAUAAUGUCUUCUAGCUUCACAUUCAUACGUUACAUUUCCCAGAUCGACAUUCACCCUGUGAGAAUUAUGAACAAAUCAACCACCAAAACUUCUAAUCUUGGAGGGAAGAGUAUUGUUCAUAACCUACGCAAGUUGUUUCCGAAGGAACAUAAUAAGAACUUGAAAAACGUACAUCAGGAAACCUCAAUUAGAAUACCGAGUCGUCUGGUGACCAAACAUGAGGAGGCACCACCUGAUAUUGAUGAUAUAAUAGAAGAUAUGGUACAAUCCGAGCUGCUACAAGUCGUAGCAGAAGUUCAUGAUAUUCCAAAGAAGUACAGAACACCAGCGCAAUUGUCACUCAAAAAUGAUAAUUCCAUUCACGAAAAUCCCGGUUCUGUACCGAUCUCCUCAGUUACUCCCCCUUCCUAUUUUGUCAAAAAUACUGAGCCACCUUCAACAGUUUCGAUUGGAAAAAUAAGUUUCAAAACCGAUUUGUCUGGUUGUAAACCUAUAGAACCUUUAAAAAAUCCAUCUGCUUUAGAAAACGCACCUCCAACCCCUAAAUCACAUACGGGCGAAACGGCUGAGGACAUCGCCACUAUUCGGGUCACCUUGAAAGAAUUGGCAACAUCACUAUCAAAAGUUGUUAAUAAAAUGAACAUCAUGGCCCACUCACUUAAAACCCUAACAGUGAAUCUUGGUGAAAUCGACACAUUAGUGCAUCAACACUUUAACCCCCCAGAGACCCCUGAAGACGAAGAUGAUGCUUGGCUAAUAGUUGAAAGCUCUAACCAAGUUACUAUUAGAAUUACGUUUUAUUUGGGUUACAUUUAGAAGCAGUACAAGUACAAUAGCAGACAGAGUUUUGGUUAAAGAUUCGCAGACAUACAUCAAUAAAAUAUAAUAACAGGCAUACGUAUAAAAAGCUCAUUGAUUCAAUUAAAAUGUCUUUUAAUAAUACAGGCUUCACAUAUGACACCGUUAUUACACCAGUUUACUAAAAAGGGAAUGUGAUGCCAUGAUGCAGAAUACUUACCACUUUAUUUUAUUCGGAAAAUA